AUGUCUUUGCAUAAAUUAUUGGAAAAUUUUGCAAUUCAUGAUUACUUUUCAUUAAUAGAAUUUCUUGAAUAUAAUCAAAAGAAAUAUGGUGACAUUUACGAAGUUUACUUGGGAGUUCGACGCAUUAUGCUUAGCCGUGCAGAAUAUGCUGAAAAACUAUUGAUGCCUUCAACAAAUAGUCAAUUUAUGAUGAGAUUUCCUUACCACAAGGGAUUUGCAGAAUUAGGAAUGAUGGGAAGAGGGUUGAUUGCGAAUCAUGAUUUGAAAUCUUGGAGAUUUAAUCGUCAAUUUUUUAAUCAAGCAAUUUUUGCACCGAAAUUUACUCAUGAGGCUAUUGAUUGGACGAAUAAACUUUUCAACGAGUUGGAAAGUUAUUGGAACAAGUUAUAUCUUAAAGAGGAAUUCAUUAAAGAAAAUAAAAAUAAAUUGGAUUUUUCCGCAUGGUUAAAUCGUUAUACAAAUGAUAUGAUUAUCGCAUUGACAACCGGUGAGAGAUCUUAUACGAUGGCUGCAUACUUUAACACUCAAGGCGAUGAGAAAGCCGUACAUCCACAAGCGAUCAUUGAUGAUUCUGAAACAUUCGUUCGAGCAUUUCGUAAACACAUUAUAGGAGCACCAAUUUUUAUAUUAUUUCCUCCUUUUGUCAGACAUUACGUUCCAUUUAUUAAGGGUAGAUCGGACGCUUUACUUAAAAACAUUGGAUUCAUCUAUCAAAGAAUGGAGCACAUUAUUAAGAAACGCAGACAAGAAAUUGAGAACACGCCGUUGGAUAAACCUUUAUCACAUGAUAUGCUGACCUCGGUGAUCACGGCGAAUACCACUCGCGACAUCAAUCGAGUUAAAACUGUUGAAGGUGAAGCUAUGGACAGACCUAUGACUGAUCUUGAAAUCCGUGGUAUCAUGUUUGAUGCAUUUAUCGGUGGAACCGAUACGACCGCGAAUAUGAUUACAUUCAUUAUUUAUUAUAUCGCACAUAACCCGGAUGUGAAGAAGAAGAUGUUGGAAGAAAUUGAUGGAAUUUUCCAAGGUGAUAAAACGCGUCCAAUCACCGAAGACGAUUUUCAUAAACUAAAAUACUGUGAAGCGAUCGUAAAAGAAACUGAUCGUGUGCUUCCGGUUUUGAAUAUGGUGGUGAGGUAUUGUCAGGAACCUGAUGAAAUUGCGGGUUAUAAUUGGCCAGCUGGUACAAUGUUUCAUGUGAGCGCCGUUACUAUUCACAAACAUCAUGAUUAUUGGGAAGAACCUGAAAAGUUCAAUCCUGAUAGGUGGAUGGUUAAGGGUUUCGAGCCAAAGAAAUAUUCUUUUAUCAUGUUUGGUGGAGGGUUGAGGAUCUGUCCGGGAAGAAAGUUGGCAAUGAUUGAAUUAAUUUGUUUGAUGGCUUUGUUGUAUAGAAAGUAUGAAAUUGAUUUAGUAGAUAUGGAAUCUCCUCUAAAAACUGUGUCAACCGCUCUAACCGCUUGUCCUGAAUUGUUCGUUAAGGUUAGACCAAGAUUUUGA